AUGUCUUUUGUCACUGUCCAUGCCCUCUCAGCAGGGUAUCUAACAUUGCCCGAGCGAUUUUUUGUUACCCCCCUAGAAGAUGUUUCGGUUCGAAAGACAGUCCCCUCUCUUUCCUUUCUGAUCCAACAUAAAGACAGGCGCUCUGGCAGGACCAUAAGGAUCGUCUUUGAUCUUGGAAUUCGACGGAACCUCCAAGACUAUGCCCCGCCUAUAUACAAGCACGCUCAAACCCGACAACCGCUCUCCGGUUACCAUGACACUGUUAAGUCACUGGCGAAGGGUGGCCUAGGUCCUGAUGAUAUUGACGUAAUUAUGUUCAGUCAUCUUCACUGGGAUCACGUUGGAACACCAUCCGAUUACCCAAAUUCUACCUACGUCGUAGGACCUGGAGCAGCGAAACUUAUCAAUGGCAAGAGAGAGCCUGCCGCUGGGAGUCACAAUCACUUCGAAGAGGGCAUGCUAGAUAUGAAGAGGACCAUAGAACUGCCUCCCGUAGGCCUUCCUCUGACGCCACCGCCGCUGGAAGAACAGACGAGUUUGUCGGCCCAAACGCAGCGUUUGACCGGAUACUUUUCCCAGCCAUGGCACCGCAAGGGCCGCUUUGAAGCUGUGCUAGAUGUCUUUGGUGAUGGAAGUCUGCAUGUGGUGUCAGCACCUGGACACAUCGACGGUCAUAUCAACCUCCUAUGUCGCUUAGAAGAUGGGAAGCACGUUUACCUAGCUGGAGACUCGUGCCAUGAUGGACGGCUGUUGACAAGGGAGAAGGACAUUGCAACAUGGGCGGAUGAGGCAUACCCAGGAGUGACUUGUUGCAUUCAUCAAGAUAAAGCCCAAGCAGAGAAGACGCUGAGUAUUAUUCGGGAUACUAUCAGAGAUCCUGGUGAGCUGAAGGAAGUUGAGGUCGUUUUUGCACAUGAUGGAGUGUGGGAGAAACAAGCUGUGGAUGAAGGACGCUUCUUUCCGGGUGCGCUCUAA